UUUUGAAGCAGCUUCCAUAGCUGGAACAGGAGCCUUCCAUUCACAGUUGCACCCUGAUCUGUGAAUGGUAGGGGUGCCUGCCCAACCCUCUUCCUCUACAACAGGAACCAGCCACCUCUAAACAGCAAACCCUCAAGCAUCACUUCUAGGACCUGAGCAGGAUCGUCCUGGUCCUUCCUCUGCUGCAGAUGGACUCUCCUGUGCACAUGGUUGCCCUUCCCUGCCUGAGUCUGAUCCUGCUUUUCUGGAGCCAGGGGCCAGGGGUCCAGGGCCAAGAAUUCCAAUUUGGGCCCUGCCAAGUAGAAGGGGUACUUCUUCAGGAACUGUGGGAAGCCUUCCAGGCCAUGAAGGACAUUGUGCAAGCUCAGGAUAAUAUCACGAGCGUCCAGCUGCUGCGGAAGGAGGUUCUGCAGAAUGUCUCGGAGGCUGAAAGCUGCUACGUCAUCCACGCUCUGCUGAAGUUCUACUUGAACACUGUCUUCAAAAACUACCGCGAUAAGGCAGUUGAAUUCAGGAUCCUGAAGUCAUUCUCUACUCUGGCCAACAACUUUAUUGUCAUCGUGUCCAAACUGCAACCCAGUGGAGCUGCAGGUGUCAUGGAAAAGAGCACAGGCUCUGGGUACCGGCAGUUCUGGGCUCAAAUCAAGCAGGAAAAGGAGAUGUUUUCCAUCAGUGAGAGUGCACGCAGGCGGUUUCUGCUGUUCCAGAGAGCAUUUAAACAGUUGGACAGAGAAGCAGCUGUGACCAAAGCCUUUGGAGAAGUGGACAUUCUCUUGACCUGGAUGGAGAACUUCUACCAGCUCUGAAGGCCUAGGCCAGGAUGUCCUCCUCGUUCUCUGUGUCAUUUCAAACAAGCGUCCCUCCCCCUGAUGUUCUCUGGGUGCUUCACAUCCUUGACCAUGGGCCCCAUCCUUGGCCCAGGCUUAUCCUCAAAGACUUCAUUCUUUAAGUGACCCCAACAACAGUCGUGGAAGAUUCCCUUGGGUGCUGUGAAUAACCUACAAAGCAGAUUCCUAUAUUUAUUAUAACGCUAUUUAAUUCCUAUCAGUGUUUUAACCGAUGCCAUAUUUAUUUGUCAGAAUGAAAGUUCUGUGAAGGCAGCAAGGACAGUGCCCCAUGCUUCUCUCUGAUCCUCCACGAUCCUUGCCACCACGUGGGGUAGAGGAUGGGUGCUCAGUAAAUGCU